UCCAAAUAUCACAUCUGGCGACGAGGAUGGGAUGGUGAGGAAUGUCUUUGUGCUAGUUUCUUUUACCAUUUUGUGUUUGGAGGGGACAUACUUCUUUACAAUGCCUGGCGGAGAAUCAAGUGAGGGAGAUGGCAGUUCGGCGAGCACAAGUAGUGGGGUGUCGACCCCAGUGGCUGUGGAAGUAGGCAGUUUGCAGCCUUUUCAAGUUAAAGGAGAUCCGCAUUCGGUUUCGCAGCGAUGGAGAAAAUGGAAAAGAGCGUUUCAGUUAUACGCGCUUGGUAAAGGGAUCACGAAUGACUCGCAGAAAUGUGGCCUGUUACUUCACACAGCUGGACUCGAUGUACAGGAAGUUUAUUUCACACUGGUGCCUGAUGGUGCAGAGAAGAACUACGCCGAAACUUUCAAGGUACUGGAUGACUAUUUUAUUCCUAAAGCUAACGUACCGUUUGAGAGACAUUUGUUUCGGCAAAUUAGUCAGAGUAAUGAAGAAACCGUCGAUCAAUUUGUUUGUCGGCUCAGACUACGAGCCGCUUCGUGUGAGUUUGGAGAGCGGGAAGAUGAGUACAUCAGGGAUCAAUUGAUUGACAAAUGUUACUCGGCAAAAUUGCGUCGGAAAUUUUUAGAAAAGGAAGGCAGUGUUACUUUGAAUGAUCUACUAGUUACAGCUCGGGCACAGGAAGCAGUUAAUUUGCAGAUGGAAGCAAUGGGGGCUAACAGUGGUUCAGGACAAGUGAACACUGUUGUUGACGAUGGGGCAAGGGGAGGCGACAUAAGUUCAGAGCAGGUUAACAGUGUGGUAAAUUUAAAAGGGAGCACUAGUAGCGAGAAGAGGGGCUGUUUCAAUUGUGGUCGAGAGGAUCACUUAGCCAGAGAUUGGAGAUGUCCUGCUCGAGGUAGAAAGUGUCUUCAGUGUGGAGAAAUUGGACAUUUCAAGGUCAAGUGUUGUAAGAAGCUCGCUAAGUAUUCGCAUCUGGGGCAAAGACAAGGUGACUGUCGGCGUGAUUGGAGAAAUACAUCUAGUGUGAAUGAAAGAGGCAGAAAGACAAACACAAAUUAUGUUGAUAGUAGCCCUAAAUCAGGACAAGACUCAAAACCUAACUAUGUGUUUUCGGUGGGGGAUGGGCUUGACCAAAAGAGUGGAAUAGUAACUUUUGUAGUUGGAGGUGCUCAUUUGCCAAAUAUCCUUGAUGACUCAGGAGCAACAUGCAACCUUUUAGGCCAAGGAACUUGGGAGUGGCUUAAGUCACAGAAAAUCCAGUGUCAGACCCGAAAGGAGCCCAAAGCCUUAUAUCCUUAA